CCCGCCGCUUUGGCGGCUACCGCGCCCGGGUACCAGCCAGGACAGCGUAUGGCGGGCUGGAAGCCCGUAAUCGACUCUCCGUUGGGGGUGGAGAAAGAAGGGAGUUGCAAUGGUGCAAGAAUGGAGUAGACAGAAUUGGAUUUCAUCUUGUUAGUGGUUUUGCAAGAUGAUGACUCAUUGUGAUGGCUUGCAGGGUCAUAAACAAGAGAAGGCACGUGGGACUUCAACAGCUUUCAUCAUUUGCAGAAGCAGGAAGAACUUUUCUAGGUCCAGUAAAAUCAUCCAAAUUUAUUAUAGAUGAAGAGUGUCAUGAAAGUGUGUUAAUCAGUUCAACAGUAAGACUUCUUGAAAGUUUGGAUUUAACUAGUGCAGUGGGACAACUUCUCAAUGAAACAGUGCAAGCACAAAAUAAUACAUAUAGAACUGGAACCAAUACUCUUUUGUUUCUUGUUGGUGCUUGGAGCAGUGCUGCUGAAGAAUGUCUUCAUCUGGGUGUCCCAGUUUCAGUAAUAGUGUCAGUAAUGUCAGAAGGGUUGAACACUUGCAGUGAAGAGACAGUUUCCCUACAAGUACCUAUCCAUAAUAUAUUUGACCAUAUAGACAAAACAAAGACAUUUUCUGGACUUGAAACAUUUAGUGUCAGUUCAUGCCCUUUUCUACAAAUUCCUUCAGAGUCGGAUUUGAUACAGAAAGAGCAUGAUCUCACAGAUGUUGCUUUUCAAUCAUUGACGACUCACAAUUUUUCUGGGAGACCCAUUAAAUCGCCUAAACUCUUCAGACCUCAGGCUAACGUUGAAGCGGACAAAAACACGUCACAUAUUUCACAAACUCUGAAAAAAAGUUUGCUUGCAACCACCUGUUGCAAAAAGUCAAUACUAACCCACAGUAGGCAUUUUAAUAGGACAGAUAAUGAUCAAUGGAUAAGCAAACCAGAUGGAUUUCUAGAACAAAAUGGUGCAGCUACUUCCAGAAAUCACGGAUGUAAUGACUUGGUAGAGUUGGCAGUGGGCUUGAGUCAUGGAGAUCACAGCAGCAUGAAAUUAGUAGAAGAAGCAGUACGGCUGCAAUAUCAGAAUGUGUGCAUGCAACAAGGCACCUAUACAGUGCCAUUUGUGUUUGACAUUUCAAGAAUCUUCACUUGCUGUUUGUCAGGUUUACCUGAAACUUUUUCUUGUGUCUGUCCAGGAUAUAUCACUCUUGUAUCAAAAUCUAGUAGUACUCUGAUCAAGGAAUUGCAGAAUCAGCCUAUCCGGGUGGUUCUCAUUGAAGGUGACCUCACCGAGAAUUAUUGCCACCUUGGAUUUAAUAGGUCCACAAAUAUUAAAACAGUAUUAGGAAGCAUGAAGAUUCAAGAAGAUACCUCAGAAGAACUGUGGGCUAAUCAUGUGUUACAGGUAUUAGUCCAGUUCAAUGUGAACCUCGUCCUGGCACAAGGAAAUAUAUCUGAACACUUAAUUGAAAAAUGCAUACCCAGCAAGCGACUGAUAAUUGGGUCAGUGAAUGGCAGUGUGAUACAGGCUUUUGCAGAGGCUUCAGGAGCAGUACAGGUGGCCUACAUUACCCAAGUGAAUGAAGACUGUAUAGGAAAUGGGGUCUAUGUGACCUUCUGGAGAAGCUUUCCCUUGGAUGUUGUAGAUAGGAAUAACAGAAUGACUAUCUUGUUAAAAACAGAAGGAAUUAAUUUGGUUACAGCAGUGCUUACUAGCCCAGUCUCUGCACAGAUGCAAAAUAAAGAGGAUAGGUUCUGGACUUGUGCCUAUCGUCUGUAUUAUGCUCUAAAAGAGCAAAAGGUCUUUCUUGGAGGUGGUGCAGUUGAAUUUUUGUGUCUUAGCCAUCUUCAAAUUCUUGAGGAACAGUCUCUGAAAAAAGGAAACCAAGCCUGUUCAGGAUGGCUUCAUAAUACUUCCUCUUGGCUGGCCUCAUCUCUGGCACUAUACAGACCAACAGUACUUAAAUGCCUGGCAAGUGGAUGGCACAAAUACCUGUCAACUCUCAUAUAUAACACUACCAAUUGCUCAUCAGAAUUUGAAGCCAGCACAUUGAUUCAACAUCAUCUACAAAAUGCCACAAACUCUAGUUCUCCUUCAUCUUACAUCUUGAAUGAAUAUAGAAAACUGAAUAGUGGAGUUUUGAAUUCAGGCAUUUCAAAUAAACUGGAGCAUAUUCCAAGAGUUUAUGACAUUGUUACACCAAAGAUUGAGGCCUGGCGCCGAGCAUUGGAUUUAGUACUGUUAGUACUUCAGACAGACAAUGAAAUUAUUACUGGACUUGGACAUACACAGAUAAAUUCAGAGCAAUCAGAGAGCUUUUUGUUUUUGUAGUGUUAUUGGCUAAGUCUGCAGAAAGUAAUCUUUUGUAAUAUGUGCUAAUAAUAAAUUUAAUAAUAGCCUAGUCAUGGUGCCUAACAUGCCAACUAUUCCCAAGAAGAAAACAAGCGACGUUUGUUAAUAACUAUGCAGUGUCUGAGAUUUUGCCCUACUUACAAGCUAAUAAGUUAGCCCAUUACUGUUUCAUGAGUGCUACAGAAGACAUGAGACACCUGGGUCAGAGACAAAGGACUUUAUUAUUCAUGGCAAAAGCAGUAGCCAGAGCUUCAUAUUGGUUUGCAUCUGAUCUCCAUUUCCUCCAGUCCCAUGGUGAUAAUGUAAAGGGUCAAUGAAGAAAGCCUGCACAUGCGGUGGGUUGCAUUACAGGAAAGGAACACUGAGUUUGGGAUAUUCAUUGCUCUUAUAGAACUGCCUGCUCUAUCCUGUUACAAAAUGAGGAGAGUCCCUGGAAUAAACUUGAUUCAUGUGGCAAACUUCUACUCCUGUGCUCCUAAAAUUUUGACCUCCCUGUUCACAGAAUGAAAGCCCAGUAAUAUGAAACAGAUGGUGAAAGGUUAAUGUGCUCAGAAAUCUUCAAUGACAUGGGUGAUGCAAUCUUGUCUGGAGGCUGCCAUUCGUGAGUCUGCUUGGAGAGAAGGAAUCAUUCAUCAAGUGGCAGUUAUGUGCAGAACUGCAUACUGAACUUUCUAACUGUUUUGGGAAUAGUCUUACAGUUGGCUUGCCCUAAAGGUUAUUGGAAAAACCUAAACCAGGAUCUUACAAUUUUAUGCAC